UUUAUCGUCGACACCGACAUCGACACCGACAUGGACAUGAUCACUACCAUCGCCGCCGCCGCCGCCGCCGCUGCUGCCGAGGACUGCCGAGGCUGGAAUGGGAUGAGAUGGGGAUAGGGGGGGGGGGGUGGCGGGGACGGCAGGAGGAAGGGAAGCAGGUGAGGAGUGAGGAACAUGAGGCGGAAUAGGUUUGUGCUUUUAUUAUCAUUGCUGCUGUUACUGUUUAUAUGGGUGGACUAUUUGUACCAGGCCGGCGCGACGGAAUGGCGGGUAGACAGACAGACACAGACAGACACGCACGACGACGACGUAGACGACUUGAUGGACGCGCAUGUGUGUAUGUGCGUAGGUAUGCAUAUGACAGUACAGCACAAUGCCUUGCUGAAGUGGUUGAUUUUUCGUUUCUUCGUCUUCAUCUUCUUUUUCGUCUUGCGCUUGACUUGGCUUGACGACACAACACAGCACAGCACAGCACAGCAAGCGUGGCUUGCUUGCUUGCUUGCUUCGUACGAGUACUCUACAAGGGACCGACACCGACACCGACUCACCUAGAACGUCAAUCAAGGGCUACCUAGGUAGGUAGUUGUGGAU